CCACGUCCCUCAGUCGUAGGACGGCAGUCACCGCGUGACGAUCGUAGUACGUAAUAAUCGUGCUAACACAUGAAAAGAGACGGAUGUGCGACAUCGUUCGCAGCCGCAUUUAUGCGCUGUCACACGCGGGAGAGUGUGUCUAUGUGUGCCUCUAUGUGUUACGUCGUGUACGUGUGUGUGCGAGUGUGUGCAAUACGACAAUAGCCGAGUAACGACGACACGACGACGACGACGACGACGACGACGACGACAACGACAACAACGACGACGACGACGACGACAACGACGACGAAAAAAAAAUUAACGAUUUCGACGUCAUACUAAUGUUCAAGAAAAUCGAAGUCGUCGGAUAAGUAAUAAUUAACAAUAAUAAUAAAAACGAUAUAACAAGUUUGAAAAUUUCAAUCAUUAUAGGACAUUGUCCUUUUUCAAUGUCGAUCGUGUCGUAACAGGAAGAUAAAAUAAAAAGUGGAAAAAAGAUACGGAAGAAGGAAAGAAAGAAGGGCGGUUUAGUAGGUUCGCAAGCAUCGUCGAUAAUACGGUCGCAUCGCGAAGGAAGACGCGCGCACGAUCGCCCCCUCGCGUAAACGAACGCUACGCCCUAUUCGUCUCGUCUUUCCUCUCGGCUCGUCUCGUCGAAGGUCGGCCGACGUCGUCGCGACGGACCGCGCCGACGGAUAAAACGUCUCGUCGAAGAGCCGUGGGAAUCAGCCGGCGGAAGGAAGAGCGCUGCGCGGUUCGGAGUUUUAUACUGAGAGCGAGAGAGAGAGAGAAAGAGAAAGAGAGAGAAAGAGAGAGAGAGAAAGAGAGAGAGAGAGAGAAAGAGAGAAAGAGAGAGAGAGAACGAUCUUUCGCGAGGACAAAGACGAAGGAAGACGAGAUGCUCGAGACUUGUACAAAGCUCUCGUCUGGACGAAACGGUGAAGGGUCUCUUUGAGAGAAAAAGAAAGAAUCGUUGGAAGGAGAAAGAGCACUAGAAGAAAGAAGGAGGAGAAAGAAGAAGAAGAAGAAAAGGAAGAAAAAGAAGAAGAAAACGUAAGAACGUGGCGUUGGAUCGCCAGUGGGCGAGGCAAAGAGGAAAGGACCGGAGAGAGAUAGAGAUAGUCUCACUUUCUCAUUGGUUCUCUACUUUGAAACGCGAAUUUUUUUUGUCGAAUAUGCGAUAACGCAUGUACCGGCUUGGUAAAUCGAACUUCCCACGAAGAGGAGGGCUUUCCUUGGAGUUGGAUAUACAUUGUUGGUCCAACCCUUGGGUAUCACCCUCCUGACGUGACGUAGAUCCGACUUUGCUGUCGUCUACGUCGUUGUCAUCGUUGUCAUCAUUGGCAUCGCUAUCGUCGUCACCAUUGUUGCACUCGCGUGCAUCCUGAGAGACGAAAGAACGAAAGAAUCGAGGAAACGACGUUUCAUACUUCUUCACCUUCUUUGCCGAGGGGAGUCUCGGCUUUGUCGUCGUCGUCGUUGUCGUCGUUGUCAUUGUCGUCGUCGUCGUCGUCGUCUUUGUAGUCGUUGGAAUCGUAAUCGUUACGGCCACGACGAUUCCGCAAGGAUUAAGCGGGCAGCGUGGGUGGAGGGUGCCUUUGUGGGUGCCUCGGUGGACUACGCGCGGAAGGUGACACCGGAAGAGGAAGAGAGGAAAGGAAAAAGAGAAGGAGAGAAGAGAAGAGACGAAGUUUGUUCCUCCCCGACACGAUGAAAGCAUAGCGAACGAGGACGAGAAAAGGGACGCGCGCGCGCGCGCGCCAGCGAGCACGCAUUGUCCUCUCCCCCUAUUAUAUAUAUAUAUAUAUUUUCUAGCCUCUUCCAGCUUCUCCAGAUAGAGAUAUCCUUCUCUCUAUCUCCCCCUUUUCAAGAUGGCCGCUGCCUGCUACGAAAAGGAAUCGGUGGUGGGUGGCACGACGAUGCACGGUCAUGGCCAUCACCAUCAUCACCACCAUCACCAUCAUCACCAUCAUCAUGCCGUUAAUUCGAACUGUGGUACACCCGGGCAGACGGUCCUACCGGCCGGCUCGAGCGGUAUCCUUGACGCCGCGGCAGCCGCCGCCGUGGCCGCAGCUGCUGCCGCUGCUGCCGCCAACGGACCCGGUUCGAACUCGGCCGCCACGAGCGGUGGUACCGGCACCGCGGUGACGGCCGCAGCGGCCGCGGCUGUAGCCGUAACCACUUACAAGGAUUACAAGGACUAUUCCCAACCACUUCACGUCGAUUGCAGCGUCGAGUACGAACUACCGAGCCAGGCGAAGCCACCGCCCGGUGGUGGCGAACCCUUGCUUAUGAUACACCCUUGUUAUUAUCGACGAGCCGAACGAGAAAGAAGAAGUCCCUUCGUCAACAAUUUACCACCACCGACCAACACACACUCAAUAUCCUCCUCCUCUUCCUCGAGAAGGAUCUCAAGGCGUACCACUGCCUCUUCAGCGAACUCGGCAGUCGCAGCUGCUUCAGUAGCAGCCACCGUCGUAUCCUCCGUCUCUACCUCCACCGUUUCAUCGACUUCUGCGUGUACCGCCGCAAUGGUUGCACCAAGUACUGAGUCUCUUGGGACGAGCCUGAUAUCCUCGACCAACGGUCAGAUGUCCUCAGUCGCCGUGGCUGCCUCUUAUCGAGCCGCUCUCAAUGCCGCUGCCGCAGUUUCUCAACAGCAGGCUCAACAACAACAGCAACGCCGUCAUCAACAUCAGCAGCAACAGCAACAACAGCAACAACACGCGCUUCAUCACGCUCAGCAUCGAACUCACCCAACUCAUCCGCAUCACCAACAACAACAGCAGCAACAAUCUCAAAGUUCGAUUACGCCGACCACUUCGACUUCCGACCUCAUUUCUGCCGACGAAAAGGCAGUUAUAUCAGGUAUUUAUCAACACUACUUCCGUGCGAUGCGAGCCCAUAACCAUCAGCAUCGGCAGCAACAACAACAGCAACAGCAACAGCAGGUUCAACAGCAGCAGCAACAGCAACAACAUCAUCAUCAUCGUACGCAUCAACUUCAUCAACAGCAACCUCACCAAAGCGACAGAAGUUCCUCCUCUUCGUCUGCCACGUCAACGACCACUUCGGUGUCCGGUAUCCUACGGCAAAGCUAUCAACAAGCGUAUAGCGCAUCGACGAGCUCGAACUCGUCGACUCAUCAUCGUUCGGUCACGGCGUCCGUCCUAGCGCAUCAUCCUUACAGGCGACCAUCUUCGACGUUGUUAUCGCGAACAACGUCGCAUCUCGGGCAGCAGGCUUCCUCUUCUUCCUCUUCCAUAAACUCGUCCACCAUCAGUGCUUCCAACGGCGUCACGUCCAGUGCCGUUUCUAGCGUGUACGCCGGUGCGAUACACAGGCAUCACGCGACCUCGUUGCAUGCUCUUCAAGCGGCUGGCUUCUACGAGACACCCGGUUAUCACGCUCUCCUACCCCAAAGCUAGACGAUUGAGAACGGCUUCUCUGAUCAGCCAAUGCGUCGUUCAUUCGGAGAAUCGAUUUCUCCUUUCGACACCUCGAACCUCUUCAUUCCGGUGUCAUGAAAAGGACGGAGAGCUUAAAUUCACAACAGCUGGUGAUGAUCGAACGACUAAAUGGAAAAAGGAUGACAUUUAGUAUAAAUGUCUUCGAAAUGGUUAAAGAAAGAGAGAAAGAGAAAGAAUGCGUCAUAGGGGGAGGCAGCUGAAAUGGUUGACCCUGUGGAUCGAACGUUUCCAUCCACCUACAGUUUCUCUCUUUCUCUCUCUCUCUCUUUCUCUCUCUUUCUCUUGCUUUCUUUCUUUUUCUCUUUUUAUCUCAACAUCGUCGUUCUCUAUUGGCAUGGCUCAGGUACUUGGAAGAUGCUGUUUGCACAAGAAAGAGGGAGAGACCCUACGAGAAGAAUUCUCGUCGGAGCUCUUGCGAGCUUUUAGCUCGCGGCUCUUCUAUGCACGUCCCUUCGUUCUGUAUGUUAUCCAUUUUGAAAUUCGACGUGCCGUCACGGCCGAAGACCGACGACGAAUAUCCUCGUCGUUCCGCGAACACGGUAAUCGUGUAACCGUAUCGAUUUCCAUGGCUUAGGCAGUAUUUCCACCGGAUUUCGCUCGGUCUACUUUCGCGUAGAAUGAACGGCCCCUUCUGUCGAUAAUGAAAUCCUGAACCUUCAUUUCCUUCUUUUCUUUUUUGUUUCAAUUUGAAUCAAGAUAAUUUGUUCGUCGAUCAAAAAGUGUUUUUCCACUUGAAGAUUCGAUCGCUUUCAAUAAUGUAUAAUGAUCGUACCUAAUUGUUUACAAUCUUCCGUCGAAUUUCCGCAUGAUUUUUAUAUCUACUAUGAAAACAGAAAAAUAGGAGAGAGAAAAGAUAACAAAGAAAAAAAUUAAAUUAAGCUGGUCUUAUAAGCUGGUCUUGAAAAAAAAAACAAAUCAAGUCGAAAAAUUUCGAAGAAGAUUGCGUUAUUAAGAUGGAACGCGUGCGAGAAAAGUAAUAAGCAAUUUUGCAGAAAUUCGAUUGGUUUCUAGAAAUCGAUCAUGUUAGAUUAGGGGAUGGAAGAAGAUGGAGGAAGCUAAAGUUCUCGACGUGUGCCGUUCGAUUUUUAGCCUGUAAGAGAAAGAGAUAAAGAUAGGCUUCUAGGAGAAAGGAUAGGCGUAUGGUAGUGUAGGAAAGAAAGAAUGAAAGAAAGAGAGAGAUAGAGAGAGAGAGAAAGACGAAAAGGACGGCGGCUGCGCCGAUGGAACGUCGCAGCAGUCAGUAGGUACGCCUGCGGGCAUCCUUAUCCGUUCUCCUCGCUCUACCAAGACGACGUAUCUCCCUAGAAAGCCGAGACGGUCUUGGAUUUCUUCCUCCUCCUCCUUCUCUUCCAUCUUCUCUUCUUUCCCUUUCCCUUCUCCUUAUCCUUCUCUUUCUUCUGCUCUUCUUCUGCUAUCUCUUUCUCCUUCUUCCUUCCUUCUUUCUUUCUUUCUUUCUUUCUUUCUUUCUUUCUUUCCUUUUUUAUUUUCUUCUUCCCUCCGUCCUGUGCCCUUUUCAAAGAGCGCGCUCAAGGAGAAACGGACGGCGGGGACCGUAUUUCGUUACACGGUAACGAUCGAUCAACGUGACCGCACGACCGCACCAGCGGUAUGGCCGUGCUGAGGCGAAACCAGACGAGAGAAAGAAAGAGAGAAUAUAGUGGGCCCCAACAGGAAGGAUAGAGAGAGAGAGAAAGAAAGAGAGAGAUGGGGGUGUGGUUGAAAGAAAGGGAGAGAGAGAUAUUGAAGCAAAUAGAAAGAGAGAGAUAGACAGAUUCAGACAGAUAGAACAUUCAGGCAGACAGAAUGAUAGAGACACGUUCAGGCAGGCAGAGAGAGAAAGAAAGAUUCAGAUAGAGGAGAAAGAGAGAGAGAGAGAGAGAGAGAGAGAGAGAGAAAGAAAGAGAACGUAUCAGAAACGAAACGCAGACGGAACGCAGACGUUCCCGAACCUGGUAUAUGCAACGACUUUGUAUUCCAGAAACACUGAUCAUAUCCUCCUUGCACUUGCGGCACGGCUUCUCUUUUGCCUUUCGGGAUAAGAAACGUGACAGCGCGUAUUAUAUUCUUUUUGCUAUUCGAGACGUACUCCUGCGUAUCAACGCAACGCCAUUUCCGUUUGCCUGUCUUUCUCUUUCUCUCUCUCUCUCUCUCUCUCUCUCUCUCUCUCUUUCUCUCUCUUUCUCUGUCUCUCUGUCUUCUUGCCGUCAGCAGUACGGUUUUUGCUCGAUCAGAGCGGUACUCUAUCGAUCGUUGUGUAUGUACUUCUUAUCUUCGUAUAUGUUUAUCUAUGUAUAUAUGUGCUUAUAAUUUCAUGUGGUAAAACACGUGGUGUAGUCUUUCUUAUGAUCAAUUACGUUUUCAAUGGCUUUGCCUUUUCUAUGAGCUUAUCAAUAAUUAUAAAAUAGAACUUUGUAUCUGAUAUAGCGUUCUAUUACGUAUUUUUUUUAUUAUUUUGUAAUUACUCAAUAGAAAAUUUUUAUUUUUA